AUGCACUUCUCCACCCUCCUCGCCCUCCUCCCCGCAUCCCUGGCCCUCGCUCUCCCCACAUCCCUCGAGACCCGCCAGUCCUGCUACGUCCAAUGCGGCAGCACCUGCUACACGUCCGCCCAAGUCUCGUCCGCCCGCAGCGCGGCCUACGACCACGUCCAGCAGGGCAGCACCGCGGGGUCGUCGACGUACCCGCACAAGUACAACAAUUACGAAGGGUUUGACUUUCUCGUUGGCGGCACGUACUAUGAGUUUCCGCUUAAGACUGGGGGGGUGUAUACUGGGGGCUCCCCCGGUGCGGACCGCGUGGUGAUCAACGGCAGCGGAGCGAGGGCCGGGGAGAUUACGCACACGGGUGCCAGCGGGAACAACUUUGUGGCUUGCUCCGGGUGGUAG